AUGUUUUCUCAUCAGUACUUAAUUCUCCAGAAAAUAAAUGAUGACCAAGAACAAGCUCUUCGUUCACAAGAAGUUCAGCAUGAAGCAUCAUUUAAGGAAUUAAACACCCGGAGCGAAAAAAUCAUCCAAAGUAAAAUAAACUUGACUGUGAAGAUGAACCAACUUCAAGAACAAUAUGAUCAACUGAAGCAUUCUCAUGAUGACCUUAAGAAAAGGAAUAAUUCUCUCUCUGCUGAUAAAAAGAAGAUUCGAUCUGAUCUCAAUGGUUUAGUUGGUGACGAUUUCGAUAAAGCUAUGGAUAAUAUGAAGAAUAAUACUCUUGCCUUUUCUAAAUUCUGCGAAGAGUCUGAAAAGUCGAAUCAAUCCACUAUAUCCCAGUUGAGAUCUGACUUAGCUAAAAUUCGCAAGGAUCGUACGAACCUGGAGAUUACGAAUCUUGAAGUUUCUCUAACUGCUUCUCGAGACCGAGCGCGAAGAAGAUUCGCAUAUCUUCAAAAUUUCGCAGAAAUCAAUGCUAGAAAUAUUGAGAAAGAAGUUAUUCGCAAGGCUCACUUAAUUUUCCCUCCUCUUAAUAUAAGCGAAGACGAGAAGUAUCUAGAACCGGAUAGUGACUAUGAAUUUAUAAGCGGUGAUGAAAAAGAUCAUGAAGAUGAUAUUGAUGCUUCCUUUUCAGAGGAUCAACUUGAGAAGAACAAAUCUGGCAAUGUUGAUUCUGUUGAUAAGACUAAUGCCGAAACUAAGGACCCAAAUCCAAGCCACAAGAUUGAUGCUGAAAUGUCUUUGAUUGAUCAAUAUGUACCUUCCAACAAUGCUUAG